AUGCAUCAUCAGCAACAACAAAGAUUCGCAACCGUUGCGUUCGUGGUGACCGCGGUGGUCCUUGGUCUCUCGUUGGUUUCCGCCGAGGAAACAACAACCAAAAGUGAUCGUAGUGAAACGAAGAGGGCCUUCGCAAGGGACUGUGCCAGCACCUAUUCCACAACCUGCCUCAAAUUGGAUAUCGUGUCUUGGAUUGACAAGCUGAACGAGAACGACGAUUACAGUGUGAUCCCAGGAGUCUCCGUGGUCAGGGAGAAUGGUAGUGCUAGAGCCAAUACAGCCGAUAUGGUCGCCGAAUUGGCGAGGGACUUCCCCAACGAUCCAGAUGCCCGUCUCGACGCUUACCUCAUGAACAAAGUCACCGGAUACCUGAACAGCCAUUCCAUCAAGCUGAACCUCUUCGACACCACUUCAGCUGUGUCCGCUCGUAAGGGAUCCGGUGGAUUGGGAGGCGGCGGUGGCGGCGGAAAGAAGGGAGGCAUGGGCGGUAUGCUUCUGGCUGCUGGUGCUAUGAUGAAGGGUACUUUGAUGGCUUUGGCUCUUGGCGCUUUGGCUGCCCUUGCCGGUAAAGCCUUGAUGACCGGUCUCAUCUCGCUGAUGCUCUCCGCCAUCAUCGGAUUGAAGUCUUUGGCUAGCGGUGGACACAAGCAGACCACCUACGAGAUCGUCUCCAAACCCAUCUACUCGCAUUCCAAUACCCAUUCCUCCUCCCACGAGGAGCACGGAGGUGGCGGCGGCGGCGGACACGGAUACUCCGGAUACGGAAGGAGCUUCGACAUGCCUUUACCACUCGGAUUGCAACCGGGAUACCAACCCUAG